CUUGAACCUGGAUCCUGUCAGCAAGCACCUUCAAUCCAAAAGCAUCUCUCCUCCCAUUCGCUUUUUGCUCCAAAUUUCCUCCCACUGGCAUGUGCCCCUGACAAAGAACGACGACGACGAACCAUCUUCUCAUCUUGCUUAUUCUGCUUGAUCUUCCCGCAUUUGUACAUCCCCUCAUUCGCUUUUUCCCUCGCUGCUCUCAUUUGUUGCUUGUCGUCUCCUUCCUUAUCUGCAUCAGCACCGCCGCCUCAAUUGCGGCUGACGUAUUCAUUCGCUUCUCGCAUCCGGCCAAAAAAAGUGCCUCUGACCCAGACCUGAAAAAUACCAGCCCAUUCUCCUCCCACUGCAACCAGAACCACCACCACCGCCGCCUCCCAUCCACCCACCUCCCGCUUAACGACGAAACGAAACGAUUCUCGCCGCCUACUUUUCCUUUCCUUUGCCUACUACCUUGUAGCCUUGGAUCGCACCUCAACAGCAUCUUGACGACGGCUAUAAGCUUUUAGGCAUCAUCAUGCCGGGCUUUGCAGAUUCCUUUUGGUCAAGCGACUACGCUGCAGGACUCGGUGUCCUGUUCAGCAAGUUGCAGCAGGGCGUGCAGGAAAACCGACAAGUCCUGACCGUCGCUCGAAUGCGUGCCGAGGCUGAGGAGAUCUACAGCCAGCGGUUAGGAGACAUCGCACCAACGGCAGAUAAGGUGCAAGGCGGGUUCUCAAAGGAUGAUGGCGCCAGCGUUCGCAAGGCAUUCGAUGGCGUUCGAACCGAGAUGGAGGAGGGCGCUAAGAACCACAAGAAGAUCGCUCAGAACAUUCGAGACCUCGUCGUCAACCCCUUUUCGCGCUGGUGCGAUGCUCACGAGUCGCGCAUACAGGACUCUCAAGACGAGCUGCAGGCUCGCAUCAAGGCGCACGACAGGCAAGCCGAGUUGGUCAAGAAGCUGAGAAGCACCUACUUCAACAAGUGCCGGUUGGUUGAGGAUAUUGAGGAGGAGACCAAGCUGGCCUUCCAGGACCCCGAAAACAGCCCCAAGAACAGCAUUCCCGAGAUCAAGGUCUCCGAGAACAAGGAGCCCGAGCUCCACCCUCAGGAAGAUGAUGACGAACCCAUCGAGAUUGGAGAUGAGAUCUACCAGCCCGAGCAGGUCAAGAAGAUCCUGGCGCACAUGUUGAACACGAUCAAGCUUGGAGAGACCAAGGUCCCCAUCCUUGGGACCUACCAGAACACCUCGUCCGGAUCCGACAUUGUCGAGUACCUGCAACGGCACAUGAACACAACGAGCAUUAGCUACGCUGAGAGAAUCGGUCAGGAUCUCAUCUCGAACGGAUACCUCAGGCUCAUUGGCAACGUUGGUAGCACUUUCGCCAACAGCUCUAAGAUGUUCUACCAGUGGCGCCCCAAGGCCUUCAAGCUGGCUGGCGUACCCGACAAGAAGACGCCUCUAGGCCGAACCUUUUCUCUCCCCGCCUCUGAGUCGUCCGACUCUCCUGUUGUUGGGACCGUCAGCGAAUACCUUGCCAACUGGAACGUCCUCAACAACCAGCACCCCAACGAGACCCCGCCAGAGCGAUUGCGCCGCGAGGCCAGGGAAGCCGACGAAAAGUACAAGGCUGGCGUGCGAAAGUUGGACGAGAUGCGCUGCGAUCUCGAGGAGACCAUCUUUGUGCACCUCCGUUUCCUGGAGCGUUGCGAGCUGGAUCGCCUUAAGGCUAUCAAGACCGUCAUCCUGGACUUCUCGGGCACUAUCAGCAACGUCAUUCCCAGCAUGCAGUCUGCUGUCGACCACAUGAUGCUCUUCCAGGAGACUGUCCAGCCUCUUGGCGAUCUGAGAUACCUGCUCGAGAGCUACCGGACCGGCAGCUUCAUUCCUAAAGUGGUGGUUUACGAGAACUACUACAACAAGGUCGAUGAGCAGACUUUCGGUGUGGAUCUCGAGGCCAGAGCGCGAGCGGAUAAGAAGCGCGUGCCUGUUAUCGUCACCACUAUACUGACGUAUCUGGACAACCACUACCCCGAUCUCGAAGGUGACGAGGCUAGACGCGGUGUUUGGCUAGUCGAUGUUCCCCUGCAGCAGAUCCACAAGCUCCGCAGCAAGCUUAAUGACGGCAAGCCCAUCUCACCUGAUGUUUUUGAUGAGUUCGAUAUCCCGACUGUUGCGAGCUUGCUCAAGCUGUACCUGCUCGAACUGCCUGACUCCCUCGUUUCAUCCCACGUGUAUGAGAUUGUCAGGACAAUAUACCAGACCCAGUCGCAAGAGAGCGACGCUGCUCGCGUGUCCGUGCUACAACAGACUCUAUCGCAGAUGCGACUGACUAACAUCGCAACGCUCGAUGCCUGCAUGAACCACUUCACCCGCUUAAUUGACCUCACCUCGGCUGACGAGGCCUACGUUGCGAGCCUAGCCACGACUAUCGCGCCUUGUAUUCUUCGCCCUCGUGCUGAAACUUCCCUGACCAUGGAAGAGAAGCACGCUUACAGGCUCGUUCGCGAUCUGUUUGCCCACAAGGAUGCCAUCUUCAGCGAACUCAAGCGCAUGUCAACGGCGAACCACGGCGGUUCUAUCAACCGCCCUCGUGCCAUCAGCACCGACGAGAGCAACCGGAGGGCGAACAUGGAAGAGCGGAAUAGAGCUCUGCUCGAGAAGGCAGCCGGUACCCGCGGUCGUGCGACAAGCCCUGCCCCAAGCCCUCGCGGACACAGACGUGACCGCAGCACGGGUGGCCCCGAAACCCGUUUUCCGAUCCAGACGAGCCCGCCCGCGUCGGCAGUUGACCGUCACCGCUCCAGCUUGGGUAGCGUAGUCGGCGCCAAGCGGUCGAGUCUUGAAGUCCCCGGCAGCGAGUCCAGCUCGCCAAAAGAGGCGACGACGGCGGCUGCGAGCAAUGGUUCAACGGCGCCCGCCGCUGAGGGCGUUGCAGCCAGAAUCAAGGCUCUCGAAUCUCCCGUCGAGAAGCGCAACAGCUUAGGUCGCAGCAGCGUGCGGUAUUCACUGGACCGCCACGUGGCAGCCGCACCAAGCACUGGAACAGAGAGCGGAUCGUCGACGCCCCGCGACUCGGGGGCACCCCGUGGAGUGACGCUUGAGGACAAGCCUAUGGAUGACUGAAGCGUGUUAGCCAUGAUGAUUUUCUGCCCCUAUUUCAGGCCUGUGACCUCAUUUCCUUGUUUCUUUUUCUUAAUGUCUAUUUUCUUCCAAAACAAACUUUGAGAUUCUCCUUUCUUGUCGUGACGUGUGACGCUAGUAGGACGUACGUGUUUAACGGACGACGGACAGGGUUAUCGGGAAAUCAAAAAAAAAGAGAAACCACUGGGCUGGCUUGUUGACGGCGACGGAAGAGAACGAGACACGACGGUGAUGUUGGGGCGAAGCGAUUCCCCUCGGGUUUCCUCUUUGUUUGUAUCAUGUCUGUACGUAAACCCACGAGAAGAAUCAGAGAGAGAGAAAGAGACGAAAGACCGCCGGAAGGCAAGGAAGUAGGGGGAGAGAAGAGACGAAGACAUCCCCCAGACGUCCAACGGCAAGAUGACACAAGUGCCGUUGUGUACUGGGUAUUCAGUUUAAGAUAUCUCUCGAAGACGAGAUAACAAACC